AUGGCCUUAAACCGUAAAUAUGCAGCACUGCCAGAUCUGGACUCGGCCCCCGAUGUGUACGAGACCCCAGAGCUGACCGACGACACUUCGACCGUUCCUACGACGACCGGACAGUCGCAUUCGGACGAUGACUUCGACGACGAUCUGGACGACGAUACGAACGGGAUCUCGCGGUCCCGACUACGAGUAGACCAAGCGCGGUCUCGUUUCCUGCCCGCAGGAGUAGACGCUACGGAGGUCGACUUUUCGGAUCGGGUAGACGGCAAACGAAAGUCAUACAAGGCGUCGACGAGGCGCCAGCGUAUUCUCCAAGAUGGUACAGCAGAGAUAGGCGAUCUCAGUGACGAGGACGACGAGGUUAAUCUCGAACGGAAGAUUGCGCGGCUGCAACGUGAGGUCGAAGAGGCUAAAGAGGAGCACAGAAAGAGGAAAGAAACUGCAGCACAACCCGCUCCCGAAGAACAAGAAGAGAAGCUGGGAUCUCUGAGCAAGGCUCUGGACGAAAUCUCCAGAACCAUUGCGCUGUCUACCUCAACGCCUAGUGUUGUUCAACCGGUAUCUCAGUUACCCCAACAGCAACAAGAAGGGCCGCAUGCUGUGCUUCCACAAAGAAAUGCUGCCACGUACACCGUCACAUAUGCUCCUACCUACGAACAAAGCCAUGCCCUUGCCAAAGCAGCGGACUUUGACAGACGGCUUGUGCUUCUCGAGAAGUCCAUUGGGAUCGGUUCAACUGCUUUGCCUGAGGUUGAUGUCAAUGGACUGCCGCGAGCCAUUCUUCCGACUCUCGAUGGCCUUCAGAAACAGAUCACAACUCUGUCACAGGCUUCGACUUCGAACCUGGAUACAAUUAGCCGUCGAGUGCGGACCUUGAUCCAGGAGGCUCAAGAGUUGGAAAAGGCGAGACAAGGGGCCAAAUCUGCGCAGGAAACGCUUGGUAACGGUGCAUCGGAUAGCGAGGGUGCCCAGCCUCCUGAGCAGCUGGCCAAGAUUAACGCUCUCUAUGGAACGUUGCCCACGAUUGAAAAUCUGGCUCCCCUGCUGCCACCACUGCUGGACCGUCUGAGGUCGCUUCGGACGAUCCAUUCUGACGCCGCGACUGCAAGCGAAAUGCUCCAACGGAUCGAGAAGCAGCAGGCAGACAUGGCCACCGAUCUUCAACAGUGGAAGGAUGGCUUGGUGAAGGUUGAAGAAGCGAUGAAGGAGAGCGGUACUGCUAUGACGGGGAACAUGAAGGUCAUGGAGGCUUGGGUCAAGGACUUGGAGGAACGGAUUGCGAAGCUGCCAUGA